AUUGUUUUUGGUAAAAAAAAAGAAAAAAGAAAAAAGAAAAAGAGGGAAAGCUUACGAAAUUUUCAAAAUGCCGCCCAUACAAACCCCCACACUUUCCUAAUCCCAUAAAAUCCCCACCUUUUUUCACACACUACCCACUCGCUCACUCUUCAACUCAGUCACUGACUACUCCCUCUACCUCUCUCCACCAUCCCCACCACCAUGGCUGACCUCCCCUGCGACGGCGAUGGCCUUUGCAUGGUCUGCAAGACCAAGCCCUCCGCCGAUGAGACCCUCCAUUGCUACACCUGCGCCACUCCCUGGCAUGUCGCUUGCCUCUCUUCCCGCCCCGAAACCAUGGGGGAGGCUGUCAAAUGGGACUGCCCCGACUGUUCGUCCCUCUCCAAUCCCAACCCUGUGACCAACCCAAUCGCUUCUGCUUCCGACUUGGUGGCCGCCAUCCGGAUCAUUCAGUCCGAUACCUCAUUGACCGAGCGGGAGAAGGCCCAGAAGCGCCAGCAACUCAUGUGCAAGCGCGACCAGGCUGGACCAUCCGAUGGCGGACCUUCCAAGACCAAUGACCUUCUUGAUCUUCUUGGGGGUAACUUGAACUGCUCGAUUUGCAUGCAACUGCCGGAUAGACCUGUAACGACACCAUGUGGCCACAAUUUUUGCCUCAAGUGCUUCGAGAAAUGGAUUGGACAGAGGAAACGUACCUGUGCCAAUUGCCGGCGCCCGAUCCCAAACAGGGUGGCAAGCAACCCCAGAAUCAACUCUGCGCUUGUCAUUGCAAUCAGAAUGGCAAGGGCGACAACAUCCAAUGCUGAAGUGGGGCAAAGCAAGCCUCAGCAUUUUAUCCACAAUCAAAAUCGCCCAGACAAAGCUUUCACAACUGACCGUGCAAAGAAGAGUGGAUUGGCUAAUGCUUGCAGUGGGAAGAUAUUUGUGACAACGGCUCCUGAUCACUUUGGGCCUAUUCCUGCAGAAAAUGAUCCUGAAAGAGAUCAGGGUGUAUUAGUUGGGGAAUCCUGGACAGAUAGGAUGGAAUGUAGACAAUGGGGAAUCCAUUUGCCUCAUGUUUCUGGGAUUGCUGGGCAGUCGACUUAUGGCGCCCAGUCAGUGGCUCUCUCUGGUGGUUAUGAAGAUGAUGAGGAUCACGGCGAGUGGUUUCUUUACACUGGGAGUGGUGGGAGAGAUCUCAGUGGCAAUAAACGGACAAAUAAGGCUCAUUCUUUUGAUCAGAAGUUUGAAAAGUUGAAUGAGGCACUGCGAUUUAGUUGCCGAAAAGGUUAUCCAGUUCGAGUUGUGAGGUCUCACAAGGAGAAGCGCUCGGCUUAUGCCCCAGAAGAGGGAGUGCGGUAUGAUGGAGUUUACAGAAUUGAGAAAUGCUGGCGCAAGAAAGGAGGGCAAGGCCAUCUUGUAUGCAGAUACCUUUUCAUUAGAUGUGACAAUGAACCAGCUCCAUGGACAAGUAAUGAUCAUGGGGACCUUCCAAGGCCCUUGCCUGUAGUGCCAGAGUUAAAUAAAGCAAUGGAUCUAACUGAAAGGAAAGAAGCUCCGUUCUGGGACUACGAUGAGGAAAAAGGUCGUUGGAUGUGGAAGAAGCCUCCACCACCUAGUAGAAAACGUGUGCAUGCUGAUGAUUCUGGAACUGCGAGGAAGAGAUCUAAAAUAGUUAACAAAAUGUCUGCCAGAAAAAAGCUUUUGAAAGAGUUUUCCUGCCAAAUUUGCCGGGAGGUGAUGACUCUCCCAAUCACUACCCCUUGUGCUCAUAACUUCUGCAAGGGUUGCCUAGAGGGUGUAUUUGCUGGUCAAACUGCUGUGAAGCAGAGGACAUGUCAAGGCAGAAGAACACUGCGGGCUCAGAAGAAUGUUAUGAAAUGUCCAUGCUGUACAAAUGACAUUGCUGACUUUCUUCAGAACCCACAGGUUAAUAGAGAACUAAUGGGUGUCAUAGAAUCGCUAAAGCAAAAAGAAGAAGAGGCUGAAGAAAGCGCUGAGACAGGUGAAGAGGUAGCUGCUGAGACAGGAGAAGAGGUAACUGCUGAGGCAGAAGAUGAGGAGGAAGAGGAAGAGGAGGAGAAAGAGGAAGUGGAAGAAAAUAUUUUGAACCCCGAGGCCGAGGAAGAGAAAGAAACUGUUGGCAGUCCCUUAAAAGAGGUUAAGACAUCCUCCCCCGAGAAACCUAAAGCUGCUAAUGAGAAGCAGACAGACAUUCUGGUUAAGGGUGAGAAACCUAAAGCUACUAAUGAGAAGCAGACAGACAUUCCGGUUAAGGGUGAGAAACCAAAACCACAAGCAUCCCCCAAAGGAGAAAGCAAACCUAAAAGACAGAAUCUUAAGCGCAAGAAGGUUGGAACUGGAGAUGUUGGAACACCAAUCAGAAGGAGCCCGAGGGCUAAAAUAGUAGCUGCCAUAUGAUUCGAUACUCGUUGAGCUGAGCUUAGCUCCCAUUUUGAAAUGCUUGAUCAAACAUUUUAGCAUUUUCCUUGGCUUUAUACACAUUAGAUUUCCUUUAUGUAUUUAAAGUUUUCUCAUUCCAAAAGGGUCUGUUGCAGUACAUGCAGGCAACCACACAUCACUUUUAGUGAAAAUCAGAAACCUAUCCAUUUUUUUGGUUUGUAAUGUCAUGCAAAAUGAAAAAUAGCCACUAUCUACAUAUUAUUCUACAGUACAGUCCUGUCAACGCAUAUAUAUUAUGCAUUUUUGACUUGUUCUUUAAA